AUGGCAUGGCUAGCCACACACGGUGUGUGGGAUGUUGUCGUGCUUCAGGAAACACACUGGGGCAUAACAGAAGACUUCAGCAGUGGUGAGUGGAGCUGUGUCCACAGCUCUGGCCAUUCCGCAAAGGACGGCCCGGACAAGUCGGCGGGCAUCUUGAUUAUGGUGUCUCGCAAGGCCUUCCGCAACAUUGCUACCCAAGAGCAUGUCCCAAGCAGACUUCUGCAAGUUAGGGCGUACCACAACCAAAGCCAGCACAACGUCGACAUACUAGGCCUUUAUCAGCACGUACAUCGCACCACCUUGAGUGCCAGCCAAAAUCGAAGACUCCGCCAGGGAGUCUGGCACGCACUGCAGCAAACCCUUGACACUUUACCAGCCAGAAAUAAGGUCAUCUUGGCAGGGGAUUUUAACUCGACCCUUAGUCAAGCCCCUCCGGGUGUAGGCCCCUCAGUUCCACACCCCGAUACCCAUGAUAACCACGAUGCCACACUGCAGCAAUUGCUCCUGGACUACGAGCUGUGUGCGCUCAACACAUGGCACGCGCGGCCAAAGCACACAUUCUUCAGCACCACCACCCGAAGUCAACUGGACUAUCUCAUUGUGAAGUGCACUGAUGCUGGUGCAACAGCAAAGUUAUCAGCCCCCUUGACAGCAUUCCCUGUGACCGGUGACCGGUUGUCCAACCAUAUCCCGGUGCAGGCUUCGCUGCAGCUCCGACCCUUACGGCAUCAACCGAAGGACCGGCAGGCACAACCGGCCUUCGACAAAGCCGCCCUGCAUCAAGCCAUUGAGUCUGGUGCACCACAGGCCAGCAUGCUGCAACAGGCGGUCUCCGCCCGUGUCGAGGCGCUACCAGCGCCAGCCUCAAUCAACUCACUGCAUCACGAAAUAAACAGCAUCCUGCUGCAGGAGACCUGCAGGCUCUUCCCACCACAGGGACGAGCAGACCACCGGGUCAGUGCUGAUCCCGGCUUUAGGGCCAGUGCUGCUAGAACGUGGUCUCUUUACCGAGCAGUCAAACGGCCAGGUGUUGUCACACUGGCCAACAUCCUGCAGAGGUGGCGUGUUGUGGCAUGUUUUCACAAAGCCUCCAAGGAGUUAAAGCAACAGAGUAGACAGCUAAAGGUUGCCUUCCACCGCAACCAGCUUCAUCAAGCUGAAGAAGCAGCCUCAGCUGGCAACUUAAGAGAGCUUUUUCAGAUCACUCGUCGACUAGGGCCCCGCAAGGCUCGUGUUGCAUCCCGCCUCAAAGACGAGAAUGGCAACAUCAUGACAGAGCAGGCUGAACUAGCUACCGUCAUGAAAUAUGGUCAGGAAACCUUUGCAGCUAUCCCAGACAGCAGACAACAGCUUCCUCUCCUUGAGGACCUCACCUUUGGCCCGGAUGAGAUAUGGCACGAGCUCUCCCAUCUAAAGCACCAGAAGGCCGUUCCGAGCCACUGCGCCCCCAGUGCAGUCUGGAAGCUCUGUGCACAGGACCUGUACCAACCACUGAGCACGGCUCUCAACCUCCACUUCAAGGCGGGAUGUGCAGAUGCCAUCCACCGUGUGCAUCGCCACUUCGACGAGGUCGAACAGAUCAUCCAGAAAAAUCAGAGCAAUAGAUUCACCAUGCGGCAGGGACAUGUCCCGUCGCGCUGUGCAGGAGGUGCUUGCCUUAGCCUGGACCUUUCAAAAGCAUUUGACUUUGUCGAUCGGAAUCAUCUGACCGACACCCUGCUCGAACAGGGGAUACCUCCCAAUGUCGUCGCUGCGAUCCAGCAGCUCCACAAGCAGGCGAGGUACCACUAUGAUAUCAGGUCCCGUCAAGGAUGCACGAUCACCACAAACGGCAUCAAACAAGGCUGCCGAGUGGCGCCGGCGCUCUGGCUCUGCUACAGCAUCUCUGUUCUCCAGGCUCUCGCCAGGCAGCGGGACCUAGGAUGGCUGCACCGUAUCAUCACCUUGUUUGCGGAUGACUGGUGCGGGGUUAUCCUUGAUAAACUAGCGAAUCUCAUCCUCAGUCGUGACCCCACUUACAGCAUCACGGGAGCCAACAUUGUGGUCAAUGCUGACGUUCACACCAGCCUUCGCGACCUGCAGGUGACUAUGCAAUCAAUCUCCGAAGGCGCAGCCUCCCAAGCGGCCGCCGAGGAAUCCACCGAAGCUGUAGAGUGCCCACACUGCAAAGCUCGGGUUCUUAACUCGCACGCCCUCUCAAUCCAUAUGUCCCUUCGCCAUCAGGACAUUGAGAAGCCUGCUGCAGAGAAGUGUCGCUUCGACCCAGUGCGACACUCAAUUGCCGGCAUGCCUACGUGUAGGCUCUGUCUCCGCAACUUUACAAAAUGGCAGCAGCUAAAGCUACACAUCACCCGGAAGUCAUGCCCUGAACUAGGCAUCUUCCAAGCAUCCCACAAACACCGGGCAAGGCAGCUGCACCGCACGAUGCAGAGCCAGGAAAAAGUGCGACUGCACUUCCGGAUGAAUUGUCGCCAUUCCACACAAUGCGUGGUUCUGAAUCAGCUAGCUCUCGCUUAUGAAUUCUGCAAGCGGGGCAUGCACCAACCACUGCUGGAUCAGGAUGGCUAUGGCGGAUUUGGAAGCGAGCAUCUUCGAGCAUUGCAUGCCCACGGGGGCGGCAAAGGCAGCUCUCGGAUCGGAGUCCCAACCGGACACCUUGAGUCGGGCAGCACAGGCCCUCCAGGGAGCUCCACAGGGGGGGAAGCGUCCGCGGGGCCCAGGCUGUGGCAGCAGCCCCGGCAUCAGCCACAUGCACCUCAGAUGCCACCUCAGAUGCCUCCACCCUACCCAACAGCCGAGCAUCAGAUCGACAUUCUCUCCAAGCUAGUCCUCAAACACGAAGAAGCACUUCACAAUCUCCGCAAAGAUACCGCCUAUGUGCUAUUCUUUCGCCAAGACGAGAAAAGCUUGGUGCCGAAUCUGAUGGAGGUGGCCAGGCAGUGGAGAGAGAAGGCAGCAUCGGCAACACCGGAUCCAGGCCUGCAAUCUCCACUUCGAACGGUGCUGAUCAACUGCUUGCUCAAGGAACUGCUGCAGCGCACCCAACGGGUGGUUGCAACAGAGGCCGGACGUGCGGACUUGCAGAAGAUGGGCUGGCUCGACUCCCAGGGCCACUGGACCUACCUCAAGUGGAGUCCACAACAACGCCGCCUGGUGCUCAACGAGGCCAAAUCCCCGAUCACACACGACACAAUGGUCAAGACCAUAACCGAACUUCAAGCCAGUAUGACGGGGGAAAUAAUACACCGCUUCAAAUCCAAGCAACCGAUGUGGGCGAUCGAAGAAGAAGGCAGCUCGCAAGCUGUCUUCGAUCUGGAGAUAGCACUCCGGGGUGCCACAUCAGACGAAGUCCACCAGAACUUCGGGAUCUUGGCGGGGAGUGCGGUCACAAACCUGAUUGGGCUCUCGAUGAAGCGAGACGACAGGCACAUCCUCCCACACGUCUUCCGGACCAUUCCGACAGCGCCGAUAAAUGCCAUGGCAGAGCUUGGCUUCUUCUUGAUGGGGUGGGCCCCCUAUGUAAUCCGAGCCCUCAUCACACAUCAUGGCGAGCACCUGGCCACAGGUCACUACCGAACUCUGAUUCGCGAGGGGGAAACUUACUGGCUUCAAGACGACGCCCGCAGGGCGGUAAAAGCAUCAGAAGCACAGCUGACCGAUGCCUCCUCCUGUGUGUAUCUCAUGCUCUUGAUCAGAAAAACAGCUGCUGAAACUGCCACCGUAGCUCCUAGCUCAAGCUCAGUAGCACUCCGACGAAGUCUCGAUGAUGCAUUCGCCGCCCACCAGCCGGAACAUGAACUGGUGGCUCGAGCAUCGUCUAUUUGCCAUGCAACUGCAAUUGAUGACUCUGGAAGCCCAGAUCGAACUGACGAAGUCCAGAUUGGCAAAGCUGGAGCAGAAUCCAGCACUACAGGUGCAGGUGCAGCGAGCACCUCGGACGAAACCACAUCCAGUGCAUAUGCCUCGUCCAAGCACUCCGAAGGGAUUUCUCCACACUCUAGAUGA